AUGUCCAACUCUUCUCUUAUGAUGAUCCGCAUGUCGGAGCAGUCUCCAGACACAGCCCCAAAGUACAUUGGCUCUGCAGUGGCCUUGGCACUGAUGACGGCUUUCUUCUAUCAACAAGGGUACGCCACGCACGACUCGACAGUUUGCCUGGUUAUCGCUAUCAUUUGUCUCGUCGCGACUGUGGCCAUCACUAUCGUACUGGCCAUUAAGUGCCCCCAGUCAGCCAAUGACUCGCUUUACUUUUCGGCUCCGCUUGUGCCAUUCAUCCCGAUGACCUGCAUCCUCGCCGACUUCUAUCUGGUUGCACAGAUCCCUAAUUUGGGUCUUAUCCUCGGUGUUGCCUGGGUGCUGGCUGGUGUUCUCUCGUACUUCGUGUACGGCCAGCAACACGCUGCUAGUCGCAAUGGCUGGGCCGAGUUGUUGCAGUAUCACUUGCCCAGUAUCCACAGCGCCGGCGACGACAGCUACGUCGGCUUGCGUCCUUCACUUAAUGAGGUGCGUCCUUCGAUGAACUCGAUGGUCAAGGACAACUAG